AUGGCCGACUUUCCCGUCCCCCAGCACUCGACGAGUGCCGAUCGGGACGCUGCCCAGCGGCUGCACAACCCCAUCCACGCCGAACGCCAUGUUCGCGUCAUCACAGUAGGCGCCGGUGCCUCUGGCCUGCUCAUGGCCUACAAGCUGCAGAAGCACUUCAACAACUACAGCCUCGUCUGCUACGAGAAGAACCCAGCAGUAUCAGGCACGUGGUACGAGAACAAAUACCCAGGAUGCGCCUGCGACGUCCCUUCACACAACUACACAUGGUCAUUUGAGCCGAAGACCGACUGGAAGGCAACCUACCCGCCCGCUCAGCAGAUCUUUGAGUACUUCAACGACUUUGCCACAACGUACAACCUAUUCCGAUACAUCAAGCUGCAGCACCAGGUCGUCGGCGCGUACUGGAACAACGACAAGGGCGGGUACGACGUGCAGGUCAAAGACCUGGCGUCGGGCAAGAUCGUCAACGACCACUGCGACAUCCUCGUCAAUGCCGGUGGUAUCCUCAACAACUGGAAGUGGCCCGCCAUCCCCGGCCUCGACCAGUACAAGGGCACACUGCUGCACACGGCCAACUGGGACGACAACGUCGACCUGACUGGCAAGCACGUCGGUCUGAUCGGCAACGGCUCUUCGGGCAUCCAGGUCCUCCCUGCGAUCCGAGAAAAGGUCAAGAAGGUGACCACUUUUAUCCGCGAACCCACAUGGGUCUCUCCUGUACCAGGUCUCGAGCAGAAGAUCUUCACCGACCAGGAAAAGUCCGAGUUUGCCAAUGUUCCCGGCAAGCUGACCGACUACCGUAAAGGUAUCGAGUCUGGCUUGAACGGGCAGUUCGGCCUCUUCUUGCAGAACAACAAGAUCAACCUCGAGACGCGCGAGUACAUGAUCAACGCGAUGAAGGAGAAGAUCAACGACCCUUACCUCGAGUCCAAGAUCAUCCCCGAGUGGUCUCUAGGCUGCCGCCGCCUGACCCCAGGAGUGAACUACCUCGAGUCCCUGACCAAGGACAACGUGCAGGUCGUGUACGGCGAGAUCAACAGCAUCACCGAGCGCGGCCCGCUCUGCGACGACGGCAACGAGUACCCCGUCGAUAUCCUGAUCUGUGCUACCGGCUUCGACACCACAUUCAAGCCGCGCUUCCCCGUCGUCUCAGACAAGGGCGAGAACCUGCAGGAUGUCUGGUCCCAGGCUGACCCGACGUCCUACUUUGGUCUGGCCGCCGCCGACUUCCCCAACUACCUCAUCUUCCUGGGCCCCAACUGCCCGAUCGGCAACGGCCCCGUACUGUGCGCGAUCGAGGCCCAGGCCGACUGGAUGUGCAAGUGGAUCGACAAGUACCAGACGACCAACAUCAAGACGUUCGCGGCCAAGCCCGAGGCCGUGGCCGACUUUGUCGCCUUCAAGGACCAGUUCAUGACCAAGACGGUGUGGGUGCAGAACUGCCGCUCGUGGUACAAGGGCCGGCCCGACGGGCCGAUCCUGGCGCUCUGGCCGGGCUCCGCGCUGCACUACCUCGAGUGCAUCAAGGACCUGCGCCUCGACGACUUCAACGUCACCUACGCCGGCAACCGGUUCGCCUGGCUCGGCAACGGGUACUCGCAGACUGAGCUCGACGAGACGGCCGACUGGGCCUACUACAUCCGGGACCAGGACGACGACGAGCCCCUCAGCACCGCCGGCCGGAGGAAGAAGCUGACAAAGUCGGGCACCGUGUUUGACCGGGCCGCGGUCAACUUCUCGGGUGCCAAGGACGUGGAGAUGAGGGGUGUUGUGGAAGAGCAGCCCACUGCCCGUUUGUAGAUGGGACGGUCUGAAGCGCGCGAUAUUGCAUGUAACCAGCGAAACGUCGUUAUUGGUAUUUGAAAGGAUGUGGUUUGAUACGCGGGACUUGGUGUAUAUAUUCUCGAGCAUCAGCAACGAGCUGCUAUCGAAUCACAGCUAUGAAUUCCUCUUCCAUUGGAGGUGUGGUCAACUAUUCUGCGGGUGGGGCCGGUUCGGGCUGGUCGCGGCCUUGAGCGCCGCCGUGUGCAGGCCUUGGUGGUGGUGAACCACGCCGUCGGCGCUGAAUGUCGUCAUAUAGAGC